CACUUGGUGGUACAUCAGCGGACUCACACAGGAGUGAAACCAUAUGUUUGUCCAGAAUGUGGGAAAGGUUUCCGUCAGAAUUCCCAUCUGGUGUUACACCAGAAGAUUCACACAGGCGAGAAACCAUACAAGUGUCCAGAUUGUGAGAAAAGUUUCAUUCGGAAUACUGACCUGGUGAAACACCAGAGGACUCACACGGGAGAGAAACCAUAUGAGUGCCAGAUUUGUGGGAAAAGUUUCCGUCGGAAUUCUCACUUGCUAAUACACCAGAAGAUUCACACAGGAGAGAAACCAUAUAAGUGUCUGGAGUGUGGGAAAGGUUUCAGUCAGAAUUCCUCCCUGGUGAUACAUCAGAGAACUCACUCAGGAGAGAAACCUUAUGCGUGUCUAGACUGUGGAAAAUGUUUUAGUCAGAAUUCCAGUCUGGUGAGACACCAGAGGAGUCACACAGCAGACAAAGUAUAUGAAUGCCCAGAUUGUGGAGAAGGUUUCUGUCUGAAUUCCCACCUGGUGAUACAUCAGAGGACUCACACAGGAGAGAAACCAUAUGAGUGCCCAGUUUGUGGAAAAAAUUUCAAUUGGAAUUCACACUUGGUGGUACAUCAGCGGACUCACACAGGAGUGAAGCCAUAUGUGUGUCCAGAUUGUGGGAAAAGUUUUAAUUGGAAUUCGCACUUGGUGGUACACCAGCGGACUCACACAGGAGAGAAACCAUAUGAGUGUCCAGAUUGUGAGAAAAGUUUCAUUCGGAAUUCUGACCUGGUGAGACACCAUGCAGCACACACAGGAGAGAAACCAUAUGAGUGCCUGAUUUGUGGGAAAAGUUGCCAUCAGAAUUCUUUCCUGCUAAUACACCAGAAGAUUCACAUGGGAGAGAAACCAUAUAAGUGUCUGGAGUGCGGGAAAGAUUUCCGUCAGAAUUACUCCCUGGUGAUACAUCAGAGAACUCACUCGGGAGAGAAACCUUAUGCGUGUUUAGACUGUGGAAAAUGUUUUAGUCAGAAUUCCAGCCUGGUGAGACACCAGAGGAGUCACACAGCAGACAAAGUAUAUGAAUGCGCAAAUUGUGGAGAAAGUUUCUGUCUGAAUUCCCACCUGGUGAUACACCAGAAGAUUCACAUAGGGAAGAAACUGUAUGAGUGCCCAGAUUGUUGGAAAUGUUUCCUUUGGAAUUCUGAGCUGGUGAUACACCAGAGAACUCACACAGGAGAAAAACCUUAUGAGUGUCCAGACUGUGGGAAAGAUUUUAGUACUAGGUCUAACCUUAUAAAUCAUGUGCGUAUACACACAGGAGAGAAACCAUUUAAGUGCCCCGACUGUGGACAGUGCUUCAGGAGACAGUCCACCCUUAUCACACACAAGAAAAUCCACAUGAGGCCCAAAGUGGGAAAGAUUUUAGUACUAGGUCUAACUGUUAAGUUUGAGGAAUGA